UCCGUGACGUCAUCGGCCAAUUUUUCCAAAGAGCGAGGAGUAAGAUGCGAAAAUCGAGGAACUCCCGACGAUUUUGCGAGGCUUGGGCAAGAUGGGAGGGUGUGUAGGGACGGCCAGGGAAGGCUCUGCUUCAAGCCGUACCUCAUCGGGCGAGGGAUCCACCUCACUGAGAGGUGGUACAUCAAUAGGAAAGAAUGUUCCCCUCCGGCACGAGAAGAUUCGGUGGAAGUCUGACAUGCCUCUGACGGAGGGCCAAGUGAGGAGCAAGAGGGACGAAUUCUGGGACACGGCGCCGGCCUUUGAGGGGCGGCGUGAGAUUUGGGAUGCCCUGAAAGCAGCUGCAGGAGCCAUCGAGAACCAGGACUAUGAUCUGGCACAAGCCAUCAUUGAUGGAGCGAGUAUUACCUUACCCAAUGGAACCUUGACGGAUUGUUAUGAUGAACUUGGGACCAGGUAUCAGUUGCCAGUGUACUGCUUAUCAUACCCACUCAACAUCCUGCAACGUUCACCAGAUAAAGAGGGUGAUAAUGAAACAGAGGGGAGUGUUGAAGGAGAGGAACAGGUCUUGAAAGUUCGGCUCUCCACCACAAGCAAAGACGUCAAAUUACCCGUGCGCUCGACAGACACUAUAGCUACUGCUAAGAGGAAAUUAGAGAUGCAGGAGAACCUGGGUGCGGUUCGCCAGCGCUGGUUCUAUAGUGGGAAGUUGCUGGGUGACCGGUUGCACGUGUGUGAAUGCAACAUCCAGCACAACUAUGUGGUGCAGGCCAUCAUCACAGAGGAGAGGAUGACGCCUGUGGAUAGUUGAGGAUGUGAGGAUGGCUUCUAGGGGAGGCGCUUGCCUUUGUAAUACUUCUGAUGUCAGAGGAGGAGGAGGAGGAGCUCUGUUUCAAUGUGAUAUUUCAAAAGUGUCGUUUAUUGUGAGUGAUUGUUCUGAUUACGAUUUUUUUUUUUUUUUUUCUAAAAAGGUGAUAUGAGUUGUAGAUAUGCUAUAGGUAAGGAAGCUUUAUUUUCUAGAUUUUGUUUUUUUCUUUGAAUCAUUUCUUUUCGUAAUUAAGGGUUCAUGGUAUUUUUGCAUGAUGCCUUCCAGCUGAUAUUCAGACAGCCAAGGAUUUUUAGUCAGAUAAUGUGUGAGUGCCUCAGCAUUAAUAAAAAGGUUAGUAAAAUGGGUAAUGAUAUAAAAAGGGAAAUAAUAUGACCCAGAUAAUAAGGGCAGAAUAAAAGCAUUCUUUUCCCCUCCCUUUUUUAACCAUUUUUAUCAAAAUUCAGUAAGUUUUUCUCAGAAAAUAAGGGCUAUAACUAUAUUUCUUUUUCAUUUAGUAAUUUUUCCUUUGAAAGCCUUGUUGAAGUAAGUCACAUGAAAUAUUUGUUGAUGUGGAGAAGGAAACUACCAGGCAUAGGUAGAUAUCAUGAUAUUCUGUGAUCAGAAUAGGUAAUAUUAAGAUGUAAAAAAGAACAGGUUCUUCACUUCCGAACAUCAAAAAGUGCUUUUUUAUAUAUGUAUGCAGUAACCCAAGUGCUGUCAUGUGGUCCAUUAUGAAUGUCAUCAUUGCCCAGAUAAACCAUUAAAAUAUAAAAGUAAGGAAGAACCACAAAGAUAUUGUUGGAGAUUGCUGGAUUAUAUAUCUCCUGUAUAUGUACAUGAAACAUUUCAGAUUAAUCGUUGACAUAAUUGUGAAGAGCCUUUACUUGUGAGUACACACUGCUUAUGCAAACAAGGGAUAGAUAGUUUAUUGCAGUCAUUUCACAGUAUGAUUCUCAUCUGAUCAUUUUUGUAAAUGGCAGUGCUAUUGUACUGUAGAUGUGCAGUGUUGUUGGAUAUAUUCUCAUUCAGCAUUUGCCAUGUAUAAUGAACUUUUUAAAAGCAUGUUUCAGUUUGGAAGAUAUGUUUAAUGAGAGUGAGAUUGUCUGUUUUCACCUUAAGACACUCUUUACUAAUCUAAAAAGAAAACCAUGAUGGGCCAAGACAGUAUUUUCUUGACAACACAUUGGAUUGGCAGUUUGUAGGCAGUAUUAGAAUGAAUUCUAGUGGAGGGGCAUUUUAUAAGCUUGCAUGCUGAUACUGGGUCUUUUCUUAAUAUAAUCUUUGAUGUAUUUGAGUGUGCGUGUGCAGCUGUAGAGAACCUUUUUCACUAUUUUAAGUGUGGAGCAUCAUCAGAAAGAUUAGAUGUCACACAAACCAUGGGAAUAUGAAGAUUAAGGUAAAUCAUGAUCUGUUAUUCAUGUCAUCCUAAUAUAGAAAUAAUAGGCUUCUGCAAAAAAAUUAUACUCUUAUCUUUUUGUAUGAUAGUAAGAGGACCAGUAAUUAUCAGAAGACUUACACAAAGAGGGAAAGAUAGUAAGCUCAGAAAUCCUUGGAGACCCAUGAGUGUGUAAAUACCUUCCGAGCAUCAGCAAGCAAUGGCCUAUUUAUGGCCCCACCCUAAGAGACUGUGAUAUGGUCUGUAGUAGUUUAAUGAUCUUGGAUAUGUAACCCUUAAAAGGUCAUAGGUGUAGGCCUCAUUACUCUUUUGUCGUCUUUUAUUAUUAUUUUGUUAGAGAUUGUUUAGUCUGUUUUAUAUACUUGGUUAAGAGGCAUGUGAUGUGGAUCCAUUUCACCUUGAUUUUUGGGGGGUGACUUGCCCUGAGUUGGAGACUUGGCAAAACAAACCUCUAGUCAUACUGUUGUCUUGGUUUAUUCUGGGAUUAUUUCCAUCUCAUGAAAAAGAAAACCAAAAUUAUGGAAUAAGAAUUAUUUAUUAUAUCUGAGUUAUUCUUUAGAAUUGUAUGGAAUUAAAUGUAUUUUUUUUUCAAAAUUACAGAUUGUUUAUUUGUUAUACUUUAAUUUUUACUUGUCUUUACCAGGUCAUGGUAGAGUGAUGUGUUUUUAUAUCUUUUUGUUGACGGGACUUCUUCCUCUGUUUUCCCUUCUCUUAAUUUUCUUCUAAGCAGGUCAGUUGCAAAGGCCAAAAGCAGCCUUUUUCAGAGGGUUGUCUGACAUUAAAGAGAGGAAAGUGGUUGAGUGUUAUACUUUGAGAAUAAGAAACAUUCAUGGUUAUAUUUGUAAAAUUGAUAAUAUUUUCAAUUUAAUCUUGGUUUUAGGUUGAUAUAUUUGAUGAAGGGGGAGAUAUGCAGUGGAGUGACCUUAAAAAGGUGCUGUAUCUGUUACACACAGCUGAAAAUUUCAGAAUAUAUUGAAUAAAAUGCCUUUUUAAAAAGAUUUUUGGGAGGGGGUAUAAUCUUUAAGGAUUUUACUUUUGUACUUUCUUUCUUCAUUUUAUCUUUUCAUUUUUUUUUUUCUGUCAAGGAAAAGAGGAUAAGAGAGGUCAGCACAAGGAACACUUCACUUGUAUGUAGUCUGAGCUCCAAAUGAUGUGUUUUGCAUAUACUUGAAAAAGCUUAUGUUUCUUGGUGCUUUGGAGACAUUACUUUAUACAAGGUGUAAUUUCUUUCCUCAUGUUUCACUGUAAAUAUUGUUAGAACAGAAGCUGAAAUUUGAAAAAAAAUGCCUUUUUGAUAAAUACUAAAGAAAUGUACCUACGUAGUUGUGAAAGGUGAUUUAACAUUAGCUGCUAUUUGAAAGGUGUUAUGUUAAAAUAUGGACAAAUAGGAAAGUUGAUAAUCCUUAAAGGCAUUUAUUGUGAGACACUGACCUCAUCUAAUAGUUUUUUUCCUACCCAGAAUGUUCUAGCACAAUUGUAUGCGUAAGAGGGGUGUAAUGCACGAACUGACACAUGUAUCAGGGUUUGUCACAAGCGAUGGAAUGUUGUCAACUUUGAAUCUGUUGGCACAGUCAUCUGUCUCUGUUCAAGGCAACCUGCUUGAGUUGCCCAUCUGUGUAUUUCCUGUGAAGGUGUAAAUUACUACUUACAGCACAAUCAGGUCUUGGAAAAUGGUCUUACCUUCUCAUGUCACAAUCAUAGAUGUAGGGGUGAUCACUUCUGAGUGUCAGGAAGAAGUAUCUUGCAUGUAAUAGCACAAAUGUGUACAGUUAUGGGCAACAGAUGUACCCAUAACUAGUAAUGUAUGUAAGUGAGGGUGGAUAGAUAGUGGAGAUAAGACUUCUUUGAGUGUAAUAAUGAUUCAGGGAGUUACUCUUUUGUUUGAUCUCUCACUUUGGUUCUUUUGCUCAAUCAUAAAUACACAUAGUACACAGCCGUUAUAUAUAGACAUGCUUGUGUAUUCAGCCAUGUGUGCAGAUAUCAGGUGAAGACAUCCACAGAGAAGUACUUUUGGUUCAGUUAGAGAUAAAGUUCCUGCAGAAUUCAGAGAACAUGAAGCAUUUGUUGCGUUAACUGCACAAAAACCUUUGUUUUUUGUAUCAUAAAAGAUUUUGCUCGUUUUAUAAAAAAAAAUGCAAUUUUGACUUACUUUACAUCAUACUAGUUAUAUCAGUGUAGGUUUUGACUUUUGCUAUUUAGAUGCUUUGCAUGAGAGUGCUUUGACAUUGAGGAAUUUGAGAAUAUGGGAUUAGAUAUGAUUUGGUUCAUUUAUAAUUCUUAUUUUUUUUUUUAGUUAGGAUUUCAGAAUGGUGUUGAACUAAAGGCGUAUUUAUUAAUUUUAUCAUUGCAGAUAGUUAUUAAUUAUUAGUACAGGAAGAGCUAUUAGACAUGGUAUCUACAACUUGUCUUUGAUAGUGGACUGCUCAUGAAAGUCUUAGGGUCUUAAAUUUAAAAACUGAAGCAAGAAAAGAUCUUUGAAAACCAUUAAAAGUCUUUUUACUACCUGCAAGUUCAUUGGCUUGGGUAAAGAUCAUCUAAUUUUUUGAUAGAGGUAGAUAAAUUAUUGACAGUAUAAUAUGUAUGUAAAUUUUGCACACACAUACAUGCACACAUAUUUUGUGUGUGCGUGUGCGUGUGCGUGUGCGUGUGCGUGUGCGUGUGCGUGUGUGUGUGCGUGUGCGUGUGCGUGUGUGUGCAUGUGUGUAUGUGUGUGCGUACGUGCGCGCAUGCAUGUGCAUGUGUGGAUGCAUGUGCGUGUGCAGUGGUGUGCAUGGGUAGGUAUGUGUGUGUGUGUGUUCAAGUGUGAGUGCAAGUGCGAGUGCACGUGUUCAUGUGUGUGUCUGUUUGUGCAUGUGUGUUUGUAUGUGCAUGUGUGUGUGUUUGGUUAAUGUUUGGCUGAUAACAAUUGCUCAGAAAUGAAUUUUACACAUUAAUUUAUCAUUCAAAACAGUAUAUAUCUGAACUUGAUUAUGAAGUUUGUGCAUUGCUUUUUUCACAUCCUUUUUGAAUUUUGAUGUCAUAUAUAUCUUUUUUAUUGGGCUUUGGUAUGCAGUCUGAUGUGAAAAUGUGCUGUAUUACAACAACUGUUCCCUGGUAGUAUGUAGGCAGUGUCCAAGGAGGGUAACAUGAAUAUCUUUGGACAUUUCACACAAGGCAGAAUCGUAUUUAUACACUGUGUGCUUGUUUGUAAGCUCUGUUGGCACACAUAAAGACAUGUACAGAAAUAUCAAACACUGCAUAACAGUUGAAGUAUUUAAGUAGGCAGUGGCUAUGGUUAUGGCAUUAUAGUGUCAGCACAAAUCCUAGCACCACUGCUUAGGGCAUGCCAUAGCCUUAGUGAAAAGCUUUAAAAUUUACACUAACACUGUGACAUACCCACAAGGUGUGCCCUUUAAUAGCUAUGCUGAAGCAUUAGCCCAUAAGAUGGCUACAGUAUAUGCCGCACCAGUAGCCACUUUGAUAUAUGUAUUCUCACUUAUUUAUUUAUGUAUUUAUUUGUUUAGAGUUUUAUUGUAAGACUCAUCUGAAGAGAAGCAGUAGUUACUUAUUGGUUUGGCUUUAAUAGAACUUUAUAUUUCCCCCUCUAAAAUGUCAGAUAUAUUUCUAAAGUUUGUGAUAUAGAUAUUAAUGCAUAUAAGUUUUAUAUAGCCUUUCUGUAGCAUGUUAAGGUUGAAGGUGUCUUAAGGUUGGCCCCUUGAACCUGAACUUAUUUUCUUUAUUUACUGUAAACCAGUCUUUAUGUAGCGUUGAUCUACAUUCUCUGUACAGUACUGGAAAGGUACUAGGAAAUAUUUGAAGCUGAUACAGUGUUAGUUUUAUGUUUUGUUUGGUUUUAGGUCAAAGCCAGGGGUACAUAGGAGUGCUGCACUUCAUGAAGUUGGCAGUUUGGAGGCCAUUACUCCUCCCCAAACACAGUCACUAAGUACACCCCUAAUUAGAGCAGUUUAGGAUGUUAUAACAAGUAUGAAUUGGAUAAUUGAUGCAUUUUUUUGUUUUCCCAUUUUCCUACCAGGUAUAGUUGUAGAAAAUAAGUUUUUCCACAGGUUUUAUGUAUUAGAGGGUAAUUUUGAGCCUGCAAAGAAAUAAAGAAAGUCAUGGUAUUAUGAUUUUGAUAUUUGAAAUUGGAAAUGUAAUUAACCCAACCGCCAUAGAUAUAUGUUCUGCCCCCUGUAUUUUUAAAAAUUUUGUUACAUACAGAUGGCUCCACUGUGUUUUUCUUUUUAAUACAAUUGAUAUCAGUGCUGUUAUUAUUGUUAUUGAUAUGAUUAUUAAAUUGUUAUUAAAAUCUUGGUAACAUUUAAGACAAUGAAAUAAUGCAAAAGACGAGGAAAAGGGUAAACAAGUGAGAUAGGAAGGACUAAUAACUGACUCCUUGGUGACUAAGCACUUGUAGAACCAUCUGGGUACAAAUACAAUAAAUAAACUUGUAUUACAGUGGGCAUGACAUAUAUUCUUGCCAUAUGAGGCGAAUGGGUUAAAUAUAACAACUACUCUUUAAAUGGCCUUCUAGUUAAGAAAGGGGUGUGUCAUUAGUCAGUUAACAUAAAGAAAUAUUACCUUUUACUUUCUUACUAUAACAUGUUGAAAAUAUUUAAAAACAAGGUAUUUUUCACUGCCAUGGAGUCUGCAGCAUUCCCAAAUCAGUCCACUCCAGCUAGACCAGCUAGGAAGAUAAACUGAAUCCCCAAAGUUCCCAUUUACGUAGAAGUUCUUUUUUCCCUUUAUUCUUACCCUGAUACAGGUUCAUAGAAAGAAAGGAUUUACAAAGCAGCUUAUUUGGUAAGAUUAUGAAAGAAGUAUUUAAUGUGCUCUGCCAGUUUUCAAAAUGAGCGAAGACUGGGAUGGACAGGUGAGCUGACCAGCACUGUACAGUUAAUGGGAUUAUAGGCAGCUGGAAAACUAUUCAGUAGAUCUACAGACUGCUGGAUAUGAAGUGAUCCUCCCUUCCAUUUAGUUUGGAUUUUCCCCCAUUUUUAAAAAUUCUCAAGUUACAAUUUAAAUUCCAGAGCAUAGUAAAUAUGAUAGAUCCAUCUUUUUUCUUCUCAAAGUAUUCUUGCAUUCUUUCCCAUGUUUUGUACUUUUUCCCUUUCUUCUGUUGCAGCUCCUACCUUGUGGGAAUGCCCCCCUUGUUUGUGUGAUAUUUCAUAGCCAUGAGCCUAGAGGCUAGUCUUGUAAUUUUUAUAGUCAUUUUAACUUGCUCUUGUAAAUAUUACAUUCAUUUGGAAAGGACUGUUGAAAGCAGAUUCCUACAUUUUUGUGUUUAGUGUCUUAGACGAGUCUAUUCUUGUAUGAGUUUGAUAUUGGUGUAUAUGUAUGUUUUUUACUGUGCUUCUCUCUUCUUUACUAUGUACUCUGCCACUGGUAAUUGCACCCAGAGUUGAUUUGGGCGCGUGAUUAAAGUUUAGAUUUCAUAAGUAAUUUUACUGACAGGAAAAUGAUGAUGACAUUGAUAAAGUUGAUAGGCAUAUCUACAUGUAUGUGUGAACCAGUGUGUGUGUGAGAGGUUUUUAACAUGUAAUAGUCAUAUGCAUUUGUAACUGUGAACACAAAAAAAUGCAAAAAGAUGCAUACAGAUUUAUCCUGAUUGUCACUCUGUCCAGUUUUGUUCACAUAUGGUAUCACAUUUAUUACAUUAUGUGGUUAUUUAUAUAUAUGUAUGUAUAAACUGCCUGGUUAUAGAUAUCUCUAUAUAGGGUAAAAAGCUAAACACUUAUGUUUAGUUUUUUUGGUAAUUGGAUUUGCUCAUUUUAUAUGGUUUUACUAUUAUUUGUUGUGUUUUGUUGAACUUACUUGCAGGGUAUUGUAUUCUAUUUUUUUUAUAUUUAUCUGUGACUUAUGAAAGGAAAUUUGGUUUUACAGACAA